AUGGAUACCAGCAAAAUACAAGUUCUCGUUGUGGGCGCAACUGGCUACAUCGGUGGAUCAAUUCUCUCUGAGAUUCUGCGCUCAUCACAGGCUUCCCAGCUGAGUAUUUCUGCUCUCAUCCGUCGCCCAGAGCAGGCGGCCAAGCUGGAAGCUCUGGGAGUAAAGCCAUUGCGAUUCGAGGGAUUGGAUGAUCUGGAGGCUUGCAAGAAUGUAGCAUCUAAGAAUGAUGUUGUGAUCAAUGCGGCAUCCGCAUCCCAUGACAGCUCUGCCAAGGCACUGAUUGAAGGCUUGGCCUUAAGAAAGAAGGACACAGGGAAGGAUGCAUAUCUGAUUCAUACAUCCGGCACUUCAAUCCUGGGAGAUCACCCUUAUACCGGCAUCGACCAGAACGGUAAAAUUUGGUCCGACGAGAAAGAUGACAUCUAUGCCAUGGAGAAAGGGCAUCCCGAAGUCUACGGACAGCGCGUCACCGAUGUUGCUGUCGUCGAGACGGGAAAGAGCCUUGGCAUUAAAACGUACAUUGUCGUCCCUCCAACCAUCUACGGAAAGGGAUCCGGUCCAUUUGCGACCCUGAGUCAACAGGUCCCAAAUCUUGCACGUUUGGCCCGGAAGCGUGGAUCCGCGGCAGUGAUUGAAAGCGGCAAAGGCAUUUGGAACCAUGUGCAUAUUGACGAUCUUUCCGACUUCUACCUCCGUCUCUUCCGUGCUGUCGUCGAGAAGCAAAGCUGGCUUCCUUCAGGCGCAGAGGCUAUCUUCUUUGUCGAAAGUGGCGAACAUACCUGGCUUCAGGUUAGCCAGGGAAUCGCUGAUGCAUUGCACAAGCGAAAUCUUCUCGUGACAAACAAUGUCCAGUCAAUUAGUCUCAAUGAGGCAGCUGACGCAAUUACCAACGGCAGCGAGAGUAAAGCAGAGAUCUCUCUCGCAUCGAACUCGAGAGCUAGGGCUGAUUUUGCUCGGAACAAACUUGGUUGGAAUUCGAGUCGUGGGCUGGAGGAUUUCCUGAACCAUUUUGAUGGUGAGGUGGAAGCUAUGCUGGAAGAGCUGAGUGGCUAG